AUGAAUUACGAGGUUUUAGGUUUAGUUACAUUAGUGUUGCUAUGGAUUGCAUGGGCAGUGGUGAUAGAACGCCGUCAUCGUCGGCCGGAGGAGCUUGGUCGGCUUCCACCAGGUCCUAGGUGGUGGCCAGUGGUAGGCAAUAUAUUUCAAUUGGACCGAACACCGCAUAAAUCGUUCGUCAAACUAGCUCAAACCCACGGUCCCAUCAUGACACUCUGGCUCGGGUCGAUGAGCACCGUGGUGAUCUCGUCCCACGAGGUGGCCCGAGAAAUGUUCAAGAACCAUGACAUGGUACUAGCGGGCCGAAAGAUCUACGAGGCCAUGAAAGGAGAGCAAAGCAAUGAGGGAUCCCUCAUCACGGCCCAAUAUGGUCCACACUGGCGCAUGUUGAGGCGACUUUGCACGACAGAGUUUUUCGUCACGAGCCGCUUGGACGCCAUGCAAGGCGUGCGCGCGAGGUGCAUUGACCGCAUGGUGAACUUUAUCGACGACGCGAGCGCGCACGGGACUAGUCCGGUCGAUGUGGGACGGUUUUUCUUCUUGAUGUCGUUUAAUCUCAUAGGAAAUCUAAUGUUUUCCAAGGAUCUUCUGGACCCCAAAUCGGAGAGAGGGGCCAAAUUCUUUUUUCAUGCAGGGAAGGUUAUGGAGUUGGCCGGCAAGCCUAACGUGGCGGAUUUCUUGCCGGUGUUGAGGUGGAUUGACCCCCAAGGUAUAAGGAGGAAGACACAGUUUCAUGUUGAGAGAGCUUUUGAGAUUGCCGGAGGGUUUAUAAAAGAGAGGACGGAGAGUACGAAGAAUGAACAGAAAGUAGUAGAAACCAAUGAUAAGAAAGACGAGAGAGAGGACUUCUUAGACGUGCUCUUGGAGUUCCGUGGCAAUGGUGUGGAGGAGCCUUCUAAGUUUUCCUCUAGAACCAUCAACGUCAUUGUCUUUGAGAUGUUCACUGCAGGGACUGAUACAACCACAAGCACAUUGGAGUGGGCAAUGGCCGAGCUUCUUCACAACCCCAAAACACUAAACAAAGUCCAAUCCGAGCUGAGAAGAACCGUAGGUCCAAACAAGAAGCUUGACGAGAGCGACAUCGAAAAUCUCCCGUACCUCAAAGCAGUCAUCAAAGAAACCCUAAGACUCCACCCUCCUCUACCUUUCUUAGUCCCUCACAUGGCCAUGGACUCCUGUAAAAUGCUCGGCUACUACAUCCCGAAGGAGACGCAGAUUCUCGUCAACGUUUGGGCGAUCGGACGAGACCCGAAAACGUGGGAAAACCCUUUAGAGUUCAAGCCCGAGAGGUUUUUAGGGCCUAAUAUGGUGGAUUUCAAAGGACACAAUUUUGAGUUCAUACCAUUUGGUUCAGGCCGUCGUAUGUGCCCUGCGGUUCCUCUUGCCUCUCGGGUGCUUCCUUUGGCUUUGGGUUCACUUUUGUUGUCGUUUGAUUGGGUUUUGGCCGAAGGGUUGAUGCCGGACGACAUGGAUAUGACUGAGAGGAUGGGGAUAACGCUUAGAAAAGCUGUCCCUCUCAAGGUUUUACCAAUACCUUUCAAAGGACACCAUUAA